AUGAGUCCGAAUCUUUCACCUGAAGACCAAGAGAAGGAUGUGCAAACAUCCGGAUCGCAAUUUUCCGAUAUGGGAAGCCUGGAGGCAAACUUUUCGGACCCUUCAUCGGUGGCGUCAUUCGCAAACACAGGUGACAGCACGAACGGAGAUCGAUCACCCCUACAGGAAAGCUUUCAGCACCCUAAGAACGAAUUACUCAGCGUUUCGGGGUCCGUGCACACUGCCCACACGUCUGCCGGUUUCAAGGACUUUUCGAGCGGCUAUGCAGAAUCAAAGAGGGAGAACGAUCGAACAGGUCGGCAUGCUCCCGACCCGAAUGCUAAUGUAUCGCCUGUCCACACAGAGAGGGGUGGAAUCGGUAGCUCGCAGCAAUCUGGAACCCCCAGAAAGAGAAAGAUAGGAAGUCGAUGGGACUUUAGCGGGGCAGAUGUCGUGAAACCGGUCGAUCUUAGCGUUUUUGGGGGCGUUCCCUACACCGGAUACGGGUCGACUUUCGUUGAACGAGUCCUGGAAGAGACACCUACUGUAGGGACGAAUUUCGCUUUACAACCUCGUUACCGGAUCGCUCAGUCGGACGAGGAAUUGAUUGCUCUCCACGAUUGUACGGCUUCAGGAAACCAGCCGGAUGGAUCUGAGGCUCAUACGGCUCGGGAGGAAGCUCCUGACCUAUGGACACCGUAUGAGCCAAACCCAUUACCCAAGUACGAACCUCUGCAGGAUGUCCCGGUCGCACGUGUGCAGCAGUGUCUUGACACUCUCUGCAGCACGUGGGGAUUACACAAAAGCCCAGAGAGGAUGGAUGCUCUACAGGAGAUCUACGCCAAGUGUAAGGAUGACAUGGUUCUCAUCCAUGUCAAACUCUACAACUAUUCCAAGACCCUUCCGCAGUCUUCCGCCAGAGGAAUCGUACCGCCAGGAGCUCAAGCGCUUGUGGAACGUAUCAAGGCGAUCUGGGAGAACAUUGAUCAGGCAUUAAAGGUCUGCUUGCAUCCGUACAGCGACUGGUGGACCACUAAACAGCGAAAGAACAGGAUUGAGAAUCUGGAAGAGGCACUGAAGUCCGCGAGGCGCGAACUUUCAGAGAUCUUCCGCGAGGCCGGCAAACUACUUGCUGAGAGUCAAGGGCAAGGUGUCUAGGUCGCAUGAAGCAUCAUCGUGUGUUUUUCGUUGUACUGUAUCAUUGUGCUCCUCUCUACACAAUUAGAGAAACCUGUUUCUUCGUCCCUUUUGAGCAGCUUGAGCAUAUUCGCCCUCGAGAGGUUGAUAGGGACACGAAAUCGAUGCUGGAUUUCUGCCUGGAGUACUUCGCCAUCUUCGAGCCUCGGCCGAUUCCUCUAAGGCAUUCGUAAUGGUCUUCACUGAGAUGUGAAGCUGAUGAUUCAAUGAUAGACUUAGUGUUCGAAAUAAG